AUGUCAACAGAUACAUGGAGCUGUCGACAUGAAACAGACGAUCUUUUUUUAAUUACAAAACGUAGCUUUGAUGUUUAAAAAAGUCGGUUGAGGAUGAGAGGCGUUAGUGUUAAAGUCUUGUCCUUUUUGCUGUUGUUCGUAAGUUUGUGUGUGUCAGAGCGAGUAGAGAGGGAAAACUCACUGGCCUUGCAUGAGAGAGAUGACGAUGGAGGAAAUGUGAAACAACAGGACAAUAUUAUAGCCGAAGAAGGGCAGUCAGUAGAAAACCAUGAAACAGAACAUGGUUCGAACCUCGAUUCAAACGAGUUACAGAAGGAUGGGUCAUCGGUCAGUAAGUCCAAUGACACCACCGACAACUACUACAAUGACACCCUUCACUCAACAACAACUACUGUCAAGCCAACUACCCCGGCACCCCCAACAGUCAAGCCCAUUCUGCCAGUGCAGACAGGGGUUAAGGCCCAAGAAGAAGAACAGUCCAGCGGGAUGACCAUAUUCUUCAGCCUGCUUGUUAUUGGUAUUUGCAUCAUAUUGGUGCACCUGCUCAUCAAGUUCAAGCUGCAUUUUCUACCAGAGAGUGUGGCUGUUGUGUCCUUAGGGAUUCUAAUGGGAGGCUUCAUUAAGAUCAUUGAGUUCCAGGAACUGGCCAACUGGAAGGAGGAGGAAAUGUUCAGACCCAACAUGUUCUUCCUUUUGCUUUUGCCACCAAUCAUCUUUGAAUCUGGAUACUCUUUACAUAAGGGUAACUUCUUCCAGAACAUUGGUUCCAUUACCCUCUUUGCUGUGAUCGGCACAGCUAUCUCUGCCUUCAUAGUUGGAGGAGGCAUCUAUUUCCUUGGCCAGGCUGAUGUUAUCUAUAAGAUGACCAUGACUGAUAGCUUUGCCUUUGGCUCACUGAUCUCAGCCGUGGACCCCGUAGCUACCAUUGCCAUAUUCAAUGCACUCAACGUGGACCCAGUCCUUAAUAUGCUGGUGUUUGGUGAAAGCAUUCUCAACGAUGCUGUCUCCAUUGUCCUCACCAACACAGCGGAGGGUUUCUUUUCCCGCUCCGACAACUCCACGGUAACAGGCUGGGAGACUUUUCUACAAGCUCUGGGUUAUUUCCUUAACAUGUUUUUUGGUUCUGCUGCACUGGGAACCCUCACUGGACUCAUCUCAGCUCUUUUUCUGAAACACUUUGACCUGAGGAACACGCCAUCGCUGGAGUUUGGGAUGAUGAUCAUCUUUGCCUAUCUUCCCUAUGGACUGGCAGAGGGAAUCAAAUUGUCUGGAAUAAUGUCUAUCCUGUUUGCGGGAAUUGUGAUGUCUCACUACACCCAUCACAACCUAUCUCCUGUCACCCAGAUCCUUAUGCAGCAGACACUGCGCACUGUGGCCUUUAUGUGUGAGACGUGUGUGUUUGCGUUCCUCGGCCUCUCCAUCUUCAGCUUCCCUCAUAAAUUUGAAAUAUCAUUUGUAAUCUGGUGCAUAGUUCUGGUUCUUGUUGGCCGUGCUGUGAACAUCUUCCCUCUGUCAUUUUUGCUGAACUUCUGCAGGGACCACAAGAUCACACCCAAGAUGAUGUUCAUCAUGUGGUUUAGUGGUUUGCGAGGUGCUAUUCCCUAUGCCUUGAGCCUUCAUUUGGGUUUGGAACCCAUUGAGAAGCGUCAGCUAAUCGGCACCACCACCAUCAUCAUCGUGCUCUUUACCAUUCUUUUCCUCGGGGGUGGCACCAUGCCACUCAUCCGCAUCAUGGACAUUGAGGAUAGCCAGUCACGGCGUAAAAACAAGAAGGACGUCAAUCUCAGCAAGACACAAAAGAUGGGUAAUACCAUUGAGUCAGAGCAUCUAUCAGAGCUGACAGAGGAGGAGUAUGAGGCUCAAAUCUACCAGAGGCAAGAUCUGAAGGGCUUCAUGUGGCUGGAUGCUAAGUACCUUAACCCCUUCUUCACUCGCAGGCUUACACAGGAGGACCUGUUACAUGGCCGGAUCCAAAUGAAGACUCUGACCAACAAGUGGUACGAAGAAGUUCGACAAGGACCGUCGGGCUCUGAGGACGACGAAGAAGAAGCCGAACUUCUCUGAUCACUUUUUACUUUUUUUUUUUUUUUAAAGCAAUUUAUGGACAUUGGGUGGGCUGUGGUUUGUGUGUCCGUCUGUGAAAAUGAGCAUACUUUUCAUUUCCCCCACAGGAAUGUGUGGAAUGUGUCAAGUCACAGUUUGAGUGAAAUUCACAUUUAACACUGUAAAACUGAAUGAGAAAAAACAUGUUGUUACUUUGUAAAGAAAUUGGCAGGAUAUCUGAUUGUAUGCACCAUUGACAUGUUGAACAGCAGGAAGAGAGUUUUGCUGAUUCUCAGAAACUUUUCCUGUGCGUUUUUCUUUCUUUUUUUGUAUGAAUCUUUCAAUCCAAGGGAAAACUCAAGUGAUACUGUGAUGAAAAUGUUCAGUUCUAAAGCACCUUAUCUCUUCCCAUUUGUAUGGGUCAUUUCUAUUUGUCCCUUGCUUAGUUAAAAGUACACUGGAAGUUUUAAAGAUUGUGAGGGGAAAGACACAAUACAAUGGCGCCAUGGGAUUUCUAUUUAUAUACUGCCAGACGGUUGAAUAGCUAUUCAACUGGAUUUAAUUCUCUCCAAGUCUCCACAUGUUUGUUAAUUAAUUAUUCUGAGUAAAUUUUAAGCAUAUAUAUUGAUACAUAUGUAAUAAAGAUUUUUAAAAAGGACCAACAAAAGAAAUGCAGGAGAGAGUUAAAACUAGUUUAGCAGGUGGGAUAAAACUAAUAGUUAAAAGCUAAAUUCCAGAUUAUUGCUCUGAAAAACGGGAAAUUGCUUUCAUUUCUAUGUAUAUUUUAGCUCUAAAAACAAUUAACUUCCAUGUGUUUAUGCUGAUUUGUGGGUAAGAUUUCUGUCACUACACUGUCUAAAAGUAUUUCUUUUGAUCAUGGGCACCAAUGAAUGUCAGAUGGCAAUGUCUUUUUUUUGUAUUUAUUUGAAGAAUAUGUACCGUUUAUGGAUAAUGGCUUCUAUACAAGCUCUGUGAGUACCACAAGAUGAUAAAAAUAAAUAAAUAAAUAUCUCUCUCAUAUAUAUAUAUAUACACACAUAUGUACGUACACACACAUAUGUACACACAUACAUAUAACAUAUAAUAUAAAAAAUAAAUUCUGUUAAUAAUUGAAUGCAUUACUUUUUCGGGGGAUGAAAAUAAAUCAGUGUCCUCAACUUAUAGUUCAAGUACUGGAGUUCGGUGACCUAGGUGCGUAAAGUAAGCAGUUUCACACAUUUUCUCUUGAAAUAUUAGUCACGUCUUUUUAUAGCACACUAUUAUUCUGGAUAAAAUAAUACAAGAAUAAAAUUCAACUUGUGCACUCAUGUCUCCUAAAUAUAUCUUAGAUAACACAGUGUUUAAGACAUUAACAGGUUUUAAUGUGAGUUUCAGUGAUAAUUACUCGUUGAGCAUUAUUCUUGCAGGGUUCACUUUCCAUUUCUUAAGCUGCAGGAACUAAUUAGUUCAUAGACUGUAGUAAGUGGAAGUGGAAGGUUAAAUGUGUCUGACAUAGACAGGGAGCCAGACUGGUCCACAGAGUAAUUAGAAUACAUAAAAAGGUUAAUGCAUUAUCCUGCUGGGAAAAUAUCCUAUACCCAUACAGUCAAAGCUCUCAUGUCCAGUCCUGAUAACACCAGACUAUUAUACCCUUUGCCAUCUUGUGGGAACUCAUUAGGCAUAUUGAUGAAGAAGUGACAGUGUUUAACUGGAGGUAGAACAUAAAUGAAUCUCUGAGCAUGGUUUUGAUUUUGUGCAUUUGUUAUUUGUAAACAGUGUUCUCUAUUUGAGGACAAAAUUUCACUUAGCCAGAAAUAACCACCUGCAAUAAGUGGAUAUCAUUUCCUGAGAGCACAGUGUUAACAUGUGUAUAUACAGAGGACAUUUAAUUCUGUGGAAAUCCCUUUUUGCAAUAAUGAUUUGCAUCCAGUAGGGGGGGUCUUGAUCCACUACAUUGAUCCAUGAAAAAUUGAUGAUGCCAGAUAACAGUGGUUUUAAUACUAUUUUUCAGUACUCAGUAACUUAAGUAAAUUAAGACUAAAAAUCUAAAGGAAAAGAGUUUUUGAACUGUAUACAUUUUUUUGUGUUUGUUUUUUACAUGGACAGCUUUUUUUUUUUUUUUAGAGGUUAGAUGGA